CUAUCGUAGACAAAUGUUGCUAUCUUAGUGGUACUCGUGAGAGACAAGAAAUGGGAAGGCGACGGAGUUACUCGGAUUCUGAGUCUGAGACGUCGCUGAGCGGGUCGCCCAGUGCUUCAGACGCCUCAGACACGGAUGACUCAGCGCAGCAGCGAGGCCGGAAGGGCGAGCAGGCGGAGCCUGGCGAGACUGAGCAAAAUUGGGUUCUUUGCGACUCUUGCACAAAAUGGAGGCGUGUGCCCGCACCAUAUGCAAACUCCUUGGAUGAGGAUGCAUCCUGGUACUGUGCACUCAAUCCGAACAAGGCUUUUGCGAGCUGCAGUGUGCCCCAGGAGCUCACCGACGAGCAAAUUGAUGCUGGCGGAGACUCUGGCGGGGAGAGCGAGCUGGACGAGGAGGAGGGGCUGAAGCGUCGGCGCAUUCCCGCGGUGUGGCAGCUGCUGAAGGACAAUGUCCUGACACACCGCAAGCGGAAGGUGCAGGACGAGGACGACAUCAUGAUAUGCCACUGCAAGCCGGUGUGGCGCGGCGGGGACGGCUGUGGGCCGGACUGUAUCAAUCGGAUGCUUUGCAUCGAGUGCGUGCCGGGCUUUUGUCCUUCGGAGGACAAGUGCACCAACCAAAUGUUCUCCAAGCGGAUGUACGCCAACCUGGAGAUUCGGCGUGCGGGCGCCAAGGGCUUUGGGCUGUUCGCGCUGGAGGACAUCAAGGCGGGCCAGUUCAUCAUCGAGUACAUUGGCGAGGUGUUGGAGGAGGACGAGUACCAGCGGCGCAAGGAGUACUACAUGUCUGUGGGGCAGCGCCACUACUACUUCAUGAACAUCGGGAACGGGGAGGUCAUCGACGCCUGCCGCAAGGGCAACAUCUCGCGCUUCAUCAACCACUCAUGUGAGCCCAACUGCGAGACGCAAAAAUGGCUGGUGCACGGCGAGCUGGCCAUCGGGCUGUUUGCGGUGCGGGACAUCCCGAAGGACACGGAGCUGACAUUCGACUACAACUUUGAGCGCUACGGCGACAAGCCCAUGCGCUGCUACUGCAAGUCCGGGGGCUGCCGCAAGUUUAUUGGCGGGACGCAGGACAACUUCGACGUGUCGCUGCUGCCCGCGGUGGAGACGGUGGAGGACGCCACGCACGACUGGCCGCCCAUCAUGCUGGGCGAGACGGACAUGGACCCCAACAUGCGCAUGCUGCUGGACUGGCGCGUGGGGACGCGGGUGGACAGGCCUAAGGAAAUGGGCAUGGUCACGCGGUUGGAGCGGCUGUGCAAGGCGCGCAACGUGAACUGGACGGUGGACUACUUCUACAACCCCACGUUCGUGCCAGUGCAGAAGCAGAGCGCGCAGCCGCUCAUCCUGCCGCCGGAGCUGCCGACAGCGCAGGCGGUGACGGGCAAAGGCGCUGGAGCGGCGCAGCAGCAGACGUCGGGUGGCAGCGGCAAGGCGGAGAAGGACAAGCCGGGGGCGGACUCGACGCCCGCGCCGUCCACGGCGAAGAGCAAGCAGCAGCGCAAGGCGGAGAAGGCGGCAGCCACCGCCACGGCGGGCAAGGGCAAGGCCAGCGCGGCCAAGCAGGAUAAACAGGACAAGCAGCGGGCGGAAGGGGGUGCGGCGGCUGUGUCCAAGCUGCAGCUGGAGGAUGGCGCGGCGGCGGGGCCUGGGCCAGGCAGCCUGGCGCAGGCCAUGGCGGGGACACCGCAAUUCCGCGGGCCCAAGGCUCUCUUUAAGCAAUGGAAGAUCAUGCAGCAGCAAGAUGCCACGCCAGCUCCAGCUGUGGAGGAGAAGCCCGCGGCGGCGCCGUCCUCCCCGCCCUCGCCGCGCUCGCCGCGGUCGCAGUCGCCGUCGCCUUCCCAGCGGUCUGGCGGGGCAGACGCGGAAGCGGGCCUGGAGGACGAGGACGCGGAGGUGGAGGUGCGCGCAGCGGCGGCGGCCGCGGCCAAGCAUGCACCGCUGCGCAAGCGGUUAAAACGGUUACCGGUGAAGAAGCCGCCGCCACCAGCGCCAGUGCCGGAGGCGCCGCAGCAGCAGAACGGCUCCGCUGCCAAGGCGUCUGCGCGCAAGCAGUCCAUGGACCGCUCAGCAUCACCAGCUCGCUCGUCGUCGCCGCCGCCGGCGGGCGCCGGCCGGCCGCUGGACCGUCCCAACGCCACGGGCGGCACCAGCCGGCGUGGGUUGCGCAGUGAGAUUGACCGCCGCCUGGAUGAGGUGGUGGGCGCCACGGGGCGGCUCAAGGACCCCAGCCGGCAGAACAUCAUCAAGGUGCUGCGCCUGUUCAACCUGUGCGACAUGGGCCACCCCAACCGCACCUUUGGCGCCGCCGCCGGCGGCCGCUACCUCAACGGCGGCCGCAUGGGCUUUGGCGACGACGGCGGCCCGGGCGCGUCUUCGGCGGGCAUGACGGCGCGGCAGCGCGCGCGCAUGGCGGACCUGUCGCUGCUGCUGGACGUGGUGCUCAAGACCACCAGCAGCGCGGCCAAGAAGGACUUUGUGACGUGCGGCCUGCUGACGCAGCUGCACCAGGCCAUGGGGCGCAACACGGGCAAGGAGUACUGCGUCAUCCUGCGCAAGGUGCUGCGCGUGGUGGAGGCGCUGCCGCUGGAGGCCAACGACGUGUACUCCGUGCGAUCCGCGCACGGCAACUUCGCCGACAUGCUGCGGCAGCUGUCCACCAACGCGGAUUACGACGUGCGCACCAAGGCGGCGGCGCUGCUGAAGAAGUUCCCGCCGUCGGCGGUGACGGACCAGCGGCUGCUGCAGCUGAUGGCGGCGCCGCCGGUGCGGUUCGGCGGCAUGGGGCGGCCCGGCAUGGGCGGCAUGGGCAUGGGCGGCAUGGGGCGCUUCCCGAGCAUGAUGCAGCAGCAGAUGAUGCAGCAACAGAUGAUGCAGCAGCAGAUGCUCAAGCAGCAGCAGAUGAUGCGGAUGAAGGAGGCGCAGGCGGCGGCCGCGGCGGCGGCAGCUGCAGCCAAUGCGGGCGGGCUGCCGCCGCCGCCGCCCCUGGGGGGCGGCGCUGCUGGCUCGGCAUCGGGCGAGGGUGGCGCGGGCGGGGGCGGCUCGGCCGACCCCGCCCUGGCCCGCACCUCCAGCACCGCCUCCUUCGGCGAGGGCGACCCUUCGGAGCUGGAUGGCAUGGGCGGCGGGCCCAUGGGCCUGCCGCCGCUGGGGCCGGGCGCGGCGCGGCAGCGCAUGAUGGCGGCGGCGGCGGCCAUGGGCGGCGGGCGGCCGGGCAUGAUGCGGAACAUGGGGCCUGGGCGACAGGGCAUGGGGCCCAUGGGCAUGGGGCCAGGCAUGGGCAUGAUGGGCAACGGCAUGGGCCCAGGCGGGCGGCCGGGGAUGGGCAUGAUGGGCAUGGGCCCCAUGGGCAUGGGGCCCUCGCCGCUGGGGCUGCCGCCGCGGCCGCCCUCGCCCGCCAGCGCGGAGGCCUACGCUGGCUACGGCAGCGGCGCCGGCGGCGACGACGCCAGCGGCAGCGCGGCCAAGCGGCGCAAGUACAGCCACACCGGGCUGGACGGCGCCGACGCGUCAUCCUUUGGCGGCCCGCUGCCCGGCCCGCCGCCGCGGCACCCCUACAUGGGCGGCCAGCAGGGCUACGGCUUGCACCACGGCUACCCGGGCAGCUACUACGGCCGUGACGGGAUGGACAUGGACCGAGAGCCGCCCGGGCCGCCGCCGCUGCCGCCCGACCUGCCGCUGCCGCCGCCGCCGCCGCUGCUGGGCGGGCUGUACGGCCGCAGCUCCUCCGAGGAGCGGGACCUGCUGGGGCUGGGGCUGGCGGACCUGCCCGAGCGCCUGGGCGUGGAGCAGGUGUUUGCGCUGGCGCGGCCGCGUCCGCGGCCGCCGUUGCUGCCGCCGCUGCAGGGCACGCUGCAGCCGGAGCGGCACCUGCACGGCCAGCUCACAGACAUCGUGGCGCUGUUUGCGCUGGGGCUGUAUGGGUCCGGCAACAGCGCCUGGGGGCCCAGGCCCGGGGCGGCUGGCGCUGCCGCGUCCGGGGCCGUGGCGGCGGCCGAAGGGCAGGAGGAGAAGGGCAAGGAGAGGGCGAAGGAGGGGGCGACAGGGUCUCGGGAAAAGGACACUGGCGCGGCGGCGGCGAACGGCGGCGACAAGGAGAAGUCGAAGGGCGAUGAGGGGGCAGCCAGUGCUGCUGGCGGCGGCGGCGAGGAGGGCGAGGCGGCAGCGACCGUUGCGGCUGUGGAUCAGGGUGACGCGGCCUCCAGUCUGUCUGACAUGACCGCGUGCUGCUGCUGGUCGCCGCUGGUGGCGGUGGAUGGCGCAGAUGUUGCCAUGUCACCCCUGGUGGAGACGGCGGCGGCCGGGACCAACGAGGCUCUACCGCCGCCGCCGCCCCUUCCGCUACCGCCCGGUGUCAGCGGCAACGCCAACGGGCCGCCGCUGGGCGAGGGCGGCGUGCCGCUGCGGCCGCUGCGCACCACGUCAACGAUGGGCGUGGCCGCUGCAGCGGGGCCGAGUCCCUACCACACCAACUCGCCUGCCGCGUACGGCGGCCGGGACGGGCCGGCGCCGGCGGGGCUGCCCACCGGCACCAACUCCACCAACUCCACGCCUACUGUGGCGGGUUUCGGUGGGGCGGGCGGGCUGGGCGGGCCAGCGGCAGCGACAGCGACAGCGGCAGCGGCAGGUGGCAGCGCACUGCCGCCUGUGGUACCCAUCAGUUCGCUGAGCGACUGGCGGAUGCCCGGCGGCGCGGCGGAUGCGGCCGGGGCAGCGGCUGCGGGCGGCGCAACGCCUGCGGUGGCGCGCGCGUCACCGCACGCCUCGCCUGAGCACCAGGGCGCGGCGGCAGGCGGGGCAGCUGGGCAGGAGGAGAACAUCGACGAGUGGCUGCGGCCGGUGUCCACCUCGCACCUGGAGGUGUGGGAGGAGCCGGACAGCUCCUUUGAGGCCUACGUGGCGGACAUGGUGCGGCACCGCCUGGGCAAGUACAUGCAGCCAGAGCACCCCAGCCGCGUGUCGGUGCAGGAGGCCACAGCGCUGCGCGCAAAGGUGUACCGGGAGGUGGUGGCCAAGGAGCGGCGCGCCUGGGAGGAGCGGCGCAGCGCGGGUGUGUUCAAGCCCAUCGAGCGCCACAAGCUGGAGUCCAACCUCAAGGAGUUCGUGCGCUCCACCAUCAAGCGCAUGCGCGACCGGGAGAAGGAGAAGGGCGGCGUGCCGGCGCCCGCCGCCGCCACGCCGGUACUCCACGGCGGACAACACCACUCGCACGGCUCCCAUCGACACGGCGGAGGGCAUGGCGGGGCAGCCGCUGGGCAAGGCGCAAACCCACCGACGCAGGUCACCUCGCCAUCGGCGCCAGCGGUGACGCCGGCUGCAGCAAAACCGGUUGCAGCGGCUCUGCCGCCGGCAGCACCAGCUGCAGGCCAGGCGCCCAGUGCGUCACUGCCGCCGCGGCCGUCUGCACCGCUCGUGCCAGAGGCGACUGAAGCGGCCAUUGCGACCGCAGAGGCGCCGACGCCUGCUACGGCCCAUCCGGUUGUUGCGGCAGCGGAGCCUGCGGCACAGCCAGCAGAGCAGAGCAAUGGCGGUGAUGUGGUCGCGCCGGGUGACCAUGUAAUGGGCGAGGUUGAGGAGGAGCCGCUCACGCCGCCGGAGGAGGAAACCCGUGCAGAGGCCGCUGCGGUUCGGGAUGUGGUGAUGGCGGUGGGGAGCUAGGGUCGAGUGAGUUUCAAUUGCAUGUGAAUAGUGUCGCGGAGUGCACAGUAUUGGAGGGCAUCGGAAGUGGUAGCCAAUCAUGCGCUGUAUAAGAUUUUAAAACAGAGUGCAGACGGCGGCAGCUUUCGGGAGUGCAGGAUUCGGGUGAUUACGGUAGUGGCUUCCUUACAUUGGCAACAGCACGCAUUCUUUGCGUGCGUGACACAUGUGUGGUGAUGUACGUGGCGUGUGCGCGUUGCCGCUUGGGUACCGCAUGACACAGUCCUUCGCGCUCUGACUUCACGCUUCUGCUGCGCAAGUGUGUUUUACGUGUGCGCGCGAGUACAUAGAGCGCACUUGGAUGUUGUUCGCUGGGUGUCCUGGCUUGCGCGUAUGGAAGGGACGCAAGCAUAAUUUUGGUUCGUGUGCAUGUGGAAGACACAUUGUGGCUGCGCACGGGACCAGUGCCGUGCGCACAUGUCGGACAUCUGGCUCGUAUGUCGGGGUGAGACAACUACUUUGACUCCUGUGCACUGUCGUCCACAAGGGAUGCAUGCGGCACACCGCUGGGUGACCGUCGAGAAGUGUUUUGGACUGAUGACAGCAGUUAAGGUAGUGUGACAAGAAGACCUCAACUUGCCAACCUGCUGUACAGAUGCAUCACGAGCAAGCAUGGGCGAAUGCGGUGGCUGUGGGAAGUAUUGUGGGUGUGGCGUGUGGCGCGGGCUUGCAUGUAACUCAAGUAUGAA